GAUGGUACUCAGUACUAAUGGCUCAAACUUUUUGCCUCUCCCUGCAGCCGUUAAACACAACUGGUGUCCUGAGCUCCUCUUCUGCUACUUCCAACAGGUCAAGGAAUAGGACUCGCUAUCGGACCAAAGCCUUGAGCUCCGAGGUAGAUGAGAGCCUCUUUGGAGGUAUCAAGCCCUCGGCCCAGAGUGAUAGCCCCAUCGUGCUGCUCCAAGAUAAACAGGCCAUUCGGAAAAGUUUCACUGCUUUGGGCUUGGACCACAAGCCGGAGACCAUCCGGCUCAUCACCCGAGAUAUGGUCCGGGAACUCAUCAUUCCUACAAAGGAUCCCUCUGGAGAAUCCCUUAUCAUGAGUCCUGAGGAGUUUGCACGGAUUAAAUGGGCAUCCCAUGUGCUGACCAGAGAAGAACUUGAGGCCAGGGAGCAGGCCUUCAGGAAGGAGAAGGAAGCCAUCUUGGAUGCAGUGAUCACACGUAAGAAGGUCAUGAAACAGAAGGAAAUGGUUUGGAGGAACAACAAGAAGCUCAGUGACCUGGAGGAGGUGGCCAAGGAAAGGGCCCAGAACCUGCUGCAGAGAGCCAACAAGCUACGGAUGGAGCAGGAGGAGGAGCUCAAGGACAUGAGCAAGAUCAUCCUUAAUGCCAAGUGCCAUGCCAUCCGGGAUGCCCAAAUCCUGGAGAAGGAGCUGAUCCAAAAAGAAUUGGAUGCAGAGGAGAAGCGGUUGGAUCAGAUGAUGGAGGUGGAACGGCAGAAAUCCAUUCAAAGGCAGGAGGAACUGGACAGGAAGAGGAGGGAGGAAAGAAUCCGAGGAAGACGGCACAUUGUGCAGCAGAUGGAAAAGAACCAGGAGGAGCGAUCGCUGCUUGCUGAGCAGCGGGAGCAGGAGAAGGAGCAGAUGCUGGAAUACAUGGAGCAACUCCAAGAAGAGGAUCUCAGGGACAUGGAGCGAAGGCACCAGCAAAAACUGAAGAUGCAAGCUGAGAUUAAGCGCAUCAAUGAUGAGAACCAGAAACAGAAAGCAGAACUGCUGGCUCAGGAGAAGCUGGCAGACCAGAUGGUGAUGGAGUUCACCAAGAAGAAGAUGGCUCGAGAAGCAGAGUUUGAGGCUGAGCAGGAGAGAAUCAGGAGGGAGAAAGAGAAGGAGAUUGCCCGCCUGAGGGCCAUGCAAGAAAAGGCCCAGGAUUACCAGGCAGAACAGGAUGCCUUGCGGGCCAAGCGCAACCAGGAGGUUGCAGACAGAGAGUGGCGCAGAAAGGAAAAGGAAAAUGCACAGAAGAAGAUGGAAACAGAGACCAAACUGCGGAAAAGUCGGCUGGAGCAGGUGGCUUUAAAAGAGCACAGUCUUGCUGUUCAAGUGCAACGGGACCGAGAUGAGUUUGAGAGGAUCCUUCGGGCUCAGAGAGAGCAGAUUGAAAACGAGAGGCUGGAGGAGGAGAAAAAGGCCACAGGGCGCUUACAGCAUGCCAAUGAGCUCCGGCGCCAGGUGCGUGAGAACCAGCAGAAGCAGGUGCAGGAUAGAAUCACCACCUUUGAGGAGGGCCGGCGCCUCCAAGAGGAGGCACAGAAGCGGCGUGAGCGCAUUGAUGACAUAAAGAAGAGAAAGAUUGAAGAGCUGAGAGCUACUGGCCUUCCUGAGAAGUACUGCAUUGAAGCUGAGCGCAAAGCUAACAUCCAGCUGGCCACCUCUGUGAAUUGAAGGGUGCCUCUAAGCUACUCUGGAUGCCUGCAGGGGAAGUUUCACCCAAUCUCUGGGUGUCCAUGAUUGCUGCUGACAUUUCAUAGUUACAGAUUAAAUCUAUUCUACUUCUUUAAGGAACAGCCCCAUUUCCUUGUGUGGGGAUGUGGCUACUACAGGGUAGUGAAUGUGGAGCAAAAUAGAUUAUAGGAGAUCCAGGUGUGGGUGGUGUGACACUCAGGGGCUGGGAAUGCAAGGAUACUCUUCAUGAUUGUCCUUUUAAGCGAGGUAGUUCAUUUGUUCUGGUGGCUCAUGGCCUUUUUGUGACCCUUUGGAGUAUUUCCAUCAUGUCAGCUUUUAGCACAGUCUAGUUGCCUCCAUUCCACACCCAACUCAGGCAUUUUAGGGCUGAGGCAAAAAGCUAGAGAUGCUCUCAGGGAGAGGCUAGGGCAGGGUUGGGCUGAGGAGAACAGGGAAGGAGGCACUGGGCUGCCCGAGGCAGAGGUCUUACUAGGUUCCCACCUAUGACUCAGACCACAUCUGUGAAGUAGGUGGUGUCUGAACCUAGGCUUAUCCUCCUGUCUCAGCUCUCUCCUUCCAGAGCCCUUUCAACUCCACGCAGUGCCACAACAUAGACACCUGCCUGUCCCAUGGCUUGGACAUGGUGGGGGCAGUUGUAGGUUACAUGAAUCAAUCUGAAGCCAGCUUCAGAUGAAGAAGUGUAGCCACCUCUGAGCAGGUGAAGCUGGUUUGGGGGAGAAACUCAGGGUUAGCCCUUAGGGUUGUCCCCCUCUAGGAAUUCCUGGAAUUGAGUCAUGAUGUGGAAGAGAGGUUCAGUUUCUCCUUUCUGGAUUCCCAAGAAGCUGUGCUUCGGGACUGGCCUGACUCAUCUGUUAGAACCUUGUCCCUAAAAGUGGGACACUCCUGACAGCCAGGUCAGUAGCUGGCAUCUGGGCUAGCUGGCCACAUCGGGGCAUCUUUUAUAAAAACUCCAAUCAUGAGUGGAGUUUUCUGCUGUCAUUCAUGAGUGGCAAUGGGAAUAAUUACAGGGAAAAGUAUCUGGUGUUAACUGGGGGCUGGUGGGGCCAAGCAUGAUAGCGUUGGCAGAAGCAGCAGGAAAUGACAUGAGUCCAACUUGCAGAAGGGAGGAGUGAGACCUUGAGACAAAGAAGAGAGAAAAUCAGAAUUUGUGAAAGAUUUAGUGACUUAGUGAGCCUGCCAGCUCAGGAAUAACUAGCCUCAGUCUUUUUGCUAGAGGUUGGACCUUUGAGUGGGCCACACUUUCUUCUAGGGUGGCUUCAGCUCUCCUUCCUAGUUCUCAGAGGAUGAAAUGAGCUCUAUAUGCUCCUCCAAGCCACUGAAUCAGCUCAGAGGUGUCUGGGAAAUUACGAAGAGGAGAGUGGUACUGGGGAAAUCUGGGGAUGAGUAGGAAGUGCUAUUUGCUGUGUUCCCUCGAUUGAUGUAAAGACGUAAGAAGCCUGCAGUAAAAAAAAAAAGUGCCUAAACUACUGACACUUAGUUUUAUGGGUCCUUGAUUGGCUUCCCAGCUCCCUUUCUUCUGCCCUCUGGUCUUCCUGUCCUUGUAAUGUCAGACUGGGCUUGUGUAGCCUGGAAAAUCCAGUGGUUGGGCUCUAUCUUGGAGUACUGAUUCAGAUCUUCAGGCAGUGACCACCUGAGCAUUUGUCCCCCAGCUUCUGUCUAGACUCCAUGCCCCCACCUGCCCACAUGUGCCUGUUGGCUGUGUCAUGCUCUGCUGUAACUUGGAGGCUGUCUCAGUACCGCUGUGCCUGCCAAAUAAGCAACUCCACUUGGUCAUGACUCAGCAACCUGUCCUAGUGGCCAAGUCAGGCUGCCUCUGACUCAGUGGGGUGCUGGGCUGUCCUCUGAAAGCCAGCAUCCACAUCUGUGACUCAGGUCUGGGCAUGAAUUGGUCUCAGUAAAA